AAGCUUUAAAUCUCUAGCAUGUCAACGUCUAUUUGAAAUAUGUCUUGAAAUGGCAAUGUACGGGAGGUGAUUGGUUUAAAUAUAGUUUACACGUUUUGACACGUAUCUUAGUUAUUGUCUUCUUAGCGAAACUCACCUUUACAUUUAUUACAUUCAUUCAUUUAGCAGACGCUUUUAUCCAAUGAGACUUACAAAUGACGAAAAACGGGCAAAGCGAUAUGUCAAGUGCAAAACAAUACAAGUAGUGCUACAAUACAAGAUUUUUAAGUAAAUCUUAAGAAAAGUGAGCAGAGUAGAGGUGUAAGGGCCAGUACAAUGUUUUUGUUUGUUUGUUUGUUUGUUUGUUUGUUUUUUGAAGUCUAUUAAAUAUCCCUUGUCUUUAUUUAGACUCAGUAAAGUUUCACAUUUCUUUCACUCGUCUUAAAGUAAAAUUCACUUGUUUUACCACAUCUUCUCAACAACCUAUUUGUACACAAACAUAUUCUAAUCGAUUACGGUCAAAAGUUUGUGUUCUCUCAUUCUAAUAAUUUUUUUCGAGCAUCGCUUAUCGCUACAAGGGGACUAGUAUACCAUCACUGAGCAUGCGCAAUAAGAACCAAUGAGAAGAAGGAAAUAUAUGCCAAAUUAAAUAUCCACUUCACACAAGUAAAUAUAACAAUAAUAUAUGGAUAAAAGCGUCUGCUAAAUGAAUAAAUGUAAAUAAAUGUAACCAAUAGAUGUAAAUAAUGGAAAUAUGAAACAAGGCUCCUACAAGCAAUAAUAGCAUAACUUACUGACUUAUCUAAAAAGGUAUUUCGUUUUUCCGUCUUAAUGAGCAUUCCAAACGCUCGUUCACAGUUGAGUGUUUAAUAUUAUAUUAUUGCUUAAUAUACAAUCUGUUUAAAAAUAAGUUUGAAAUAGAACUGAAGAGCUAAUGUCCAGACAUGACUGAUAUUUAUAUUUAAUAACGUAUAUAUUUUUGUUGUAAAUUUUACCCUGCACACGGUUGCAUCUUUAUUUAACCUGUUUCAAUUGGGUGACCUUGAUUACACAAAUACAGUUUUAAUUUUUCCGUCUGCUGCGUUCAUCUCCGUGGUACUGAAUUAGCUCCAGUCUUACUCACUACCAAUUUGAGCUGGUAAUCUUUUAUACACCACUGAGCUGUAGUGUUUCAACACUGCUGGUUUAUCAGUGUGAGGUGUUCAAAUUAAAGUUGAAAUGCAUUUACAACAUUUGUAAAAGAAACUGUUUAGCUCUUUCUGGACAUAUACCAAACAUAUCCACGUUAGUGUUGGCAAGGUUUCAUUGCUUGUUGUUUUAAAAUGUGACGGCAAAUUUGAUUAGUCUGGUAUAUUUUAUCUCUUUCCGUUUCAAUCACAGAUUACUAUGAAAGCGUUUGCCAUUAAACGUCUUUCCUAGUGUUUCAUGAUCAUUUGGGAUGUAUGCUAAGGGACAUAUGGCUGUUACAUACAAGUGCAUCUUCAGCAUUCAUACUCUAAGGGCCGCUAUUGGACAAGAUUCGUGUAGAAUGAAGCUGAAAACAACACAAAAUCCCUCCUACUUACCGUUUUAUUAACGAGGGAACAACGAUUUAUUUUUGCUGUUCUGACAAGAGCAGACUGCAUCAGAUUCUGCUUUUCCGUUACAUGAAGCUUUACAUUUCACAAUUUUUCUAUUUAACGAUAAUUAGAGGAUCACGUCGCUGUCAGUAUGGUUUAUUUGCGCUCGUGUGUUGCUUCUCGGCAUCGUCGGAUGACUACAGCACCGCUAAAAUGGCAGACUGUGUUUUUUAUUUUCUGUGUUUACGGGAUGGACUUCGUCUUUUGUCAAGCGCGAUAUUCAAUUCCAGAGGAGACUCCAGAGGGAUCAUUUGUAGGCAACAUGGCCAACGACUUGGGAAUAGAGAUAAGUAGACUUAUUUCUGGAAAAGCUCGGGUUGUAACAAAGGGCGGCCGGCAAUAUGUCGAACUGAGCAGAGACAAAGGCACCCUCGUAGUGAAGGAGAGGAUAGACCGAGAGGAGCUCUGCAAGCAAACAACGCCCUGCAGCUUCAGUUUUGAUCUGAUCAUGGAAAACCCCAUAGAACUGCACCGGGUGACUGUGGAGGUUCAAGAUGUAAAUGACAAUGCACCUAAAUUUCCUAAAGGUACUGUCAAUUUACAAAUUAGUGAGAACACAGAAACUGGGACGCAAUUUCUUUUAGACAGCGCUGUAGAUUUGGAUGUAGGAGUAAAUGGUAUUGAAAGUUAUUUGAUUAGUCAGACGGAUCAUUUCAAGUUGAAAAUAAAUAAUGAAGCUGACGGCAAUAAAAAUGUAGAAAUGUUGCUGCAGCGCGAACUGGACCGAGAAGAAGGCGACGAGCUAAAAUUAGUUCUGACUGCAUAUGAUGGAGGAUCACCUAAAAAAUCAGGCACAAUGCAAAUUCAUAUUGCUGUAUUAGAUGUGAAUGAUAAUGCCCCGGUGUGUAAACAAUCAGUUUAUAAAGCGGAAAUCAUAGAAAAUUCCCCCAUUGGUACAGUCGUGACUGCAGUAAGCGCCACUGAUGCUGAUGAAGGAAUAAACGGUCUAGUCUCAUAUUCGAUUGCUCAGGCAAGUGUAGAAGCCAGGAAUGUUUUUGACAUAAACACGGAAACAGGCACGAUUACAACUUUACAACGUUUAGAUUACGAGAACGAAAUAGGUUAUCAACUAAAUAUUAAGGCAAUGGACAAAGGUGGGCUAAAAGUUAUAUGUAAAGUGAUUAUAGAUGUUAUUGAUGAAAAUGAUCAUUCUCCAUCUAUACAGCUUAUGUCAUUUUCAAACGUCAUUCCAGAAAAUUCUCCAAUCGGAACAACCGUGGCUGUAAUUAAUGUAGAAGACGCAGAUUCGGGUAAAAACGGGCUCGUGCAGUGUAAAAUCAAUGAAAACAUACCGUUUAGAAUAGAAUCGUCGCUUUCUGAUUACUAUGCAUUAAUUACAGAUGAAACUCUUGAUCGAGAAAAUAUUCCUGAAUACAACAUAACCAUUCUGGUAUCCGAUCAAGGAAGUCCUGCAAGACAGAAUAACAAAACGAUCAGUGUUAAAAUUUCUGAUGUGAAUGACAAUCCACCCGAAUUCAGUUCUGACGAGUAUAAAACAUUUGUUACUGAAAACAACUCUCCGGGUGUGGCUGUGCUGACUGUAAAAGCGAGCGAUACUGACUGGGGACCAAAUGCACGGCUGUCGUAUUUCAUAGAGCAUCGUAAUAUACAGGACAACCCAGUGAGUUCUUUUGUCUCAGUGAAUUCAGAGAGCGGGGUUAUACACGCAAUCAAGGCCUUUGAUUAUGAGCAAAUGAAAACUUUCAGCUUUAAUGUGACUACCCGAGACGGAGGGUCGCCUCCUUUAAGUUCUGAAGUCACAGUGACAAUCAUCGUUGAAGAUCAGAAUGACAACGCUCCUCAGGUUCUCUACCCACUACAGACUGGUGGCUCUGUGGUGGCUGAGAUUGUGCCUCGUUCAGCAGAUGUCGGCUAUCUGGUCACUAAAGUGGUGGCUGUUGAUGUGGACUCUGGACAGAAUGCCUGGCUCUCCUACAAACUCCAGAAAGCCACAGACAGGGCACUGUUUGAAGUGGGAGCGCAGAAUGGAGAGAUACGAACUGUGCGCCAGGUCACUGAUAAAGAUGCUGUCAAACAAAAGCUCACUGUAGUUGUGGAGGAUAACGGACAGCCAUCUCGCUCAGCUGUAGUGAACAUCAAUGUAGCUGUAGCGGACACUUUCCCUGAAGUGCUCUCAGAAUUCACCGACUUUACGCACGCCAAACAUAACGAUGACCUCACCUUUUAUUUAGUUUUAGCAUUAGCUGCUGUUUCUUUCCUUUUCAUCACAACUGUAGUAGUUAUAAUAUCAGUAAAGAUCUACAGGUGGAGACAAUCGCGCGUCUUCCAUCACUCCAAUCUCCCAGUUAUUCCGUACUAUCCACCCGGUUACGCAGACACAGGAGUUACUGGAACGCUGCCGCACAUGAAUAAUUAUGAUGCUUGUAUGACCACGGACUCGAGGAAGAGUGGCUGUAAAUAUUCUACACUUGGAGGACAAAGUGUUUUAGUGAUGGACCCGAGUUUUACAGAAACUAUGCAGCGCGCGAUGAGAGAAAAGGAAUUCCAGCAAGACUCAGAGUCACCGGAAGUGGUAAGGGAAUAAUAUUUCAAUUUAAAGCAUGUCAACGUUCAUGUGAAAUAUGUCUUGAAA